AUGGUAACGAUUGGAGAAGAUGCCGACAAAUUCGCAUUUCUCUCCAAGUGCCUUGAGCAUUGCGCGGCAGCAAGAAAUUCAAUCGAAGCGCUCGAAAGCUCUGGCACUAGCUUCGCCGAUGCGUGGGCGAAAUUGGAGACGCGCUUUUACAAAAAGCGAAUUGCGUACGAAGGAUACUUCGUAAAACUGAUCAAAUUUAAAAAAAUAAAUGUGCCAUGCGCUAAGUCCAUCAUGAGCCUCAUCGAUGCCGUGGACACUACAGUUCACGCUGCAAAGCAGAUACAAAAGGAUAAAACAGCGACACUGGACUGUGUUGCGAAUGGAAUGCUAGUAAGUCUAGCAAAAUCCCGUCUGGAUUCGGAAACCGCAUCCAGGCUGGAGGAGAGAUUAGACAUACAUCGUGUCUACACUUGGACAGAAUUCAAGGAAGAGUUGGAGAAGCGAGCCAACCAAUUAGCGUGCCGAACCGAUAUCGACGAAUCGAAAUCGCGCAACACCAAGACGGUAGCAGCAGCUGCCAUCACCCAACCCCAGCGUAGGGAAAUCAAAACGCAACCGCAAUCCUGUUUCGCGUGCAAUGAGAAAGGGCACGCGAUCUGGCACUGCACCGAAUUCAAAGCGCUGCCUGUACCGCAAAGAUGGGAUAGGACCAAAAGAGCCGGUCGGUGUUUCAAUUGUUUGUCUUGGGGACACUCCGUCCAAAAGUGUUCAUCCAAAAAGCGGUGUUCAGAAUGCGGAGAAGCACACCACACAUUGCUACAUCCAGUGGAUGCGGUUCCAGAGAAGAAGCCGGCGGCUGACCCAGCCGUUGUGGCCUCAACCAGCAGUAACAACUGA